GAAUUGGUAAAUUUUAUUAUUUAUUUGAAGAGAAGUGAAUACAUAUUCUAAUCUCACGUCUGCUCAGAACUAAAAGCAAAUCAAUCUAUUUAGCUUAUUUUCGAAUCUUUAUUCAAUACUUAGAAAGAAUAAUAAAAAUCACACUCUCCGGCCCCUCUCUGACUCCCGCUCUCCAUCUACUUCUCUUCUUCUCUCUCAACCAAAACGUGGAACCAAGGAGAGAGCCAAAAUGCAACUCCUCCUUUGGCUUCUCCUUCUGCUCCAGCUCCACAUACAUCCAGCCCUCUCCGGCGCCCGCAUCUUCCCGGAAUACAGAGCCCUCCUCUCCGUCAAGUCCUCCAUCACCGAAGACCCCCUAUCAGCUCUUUCUUCCUGGAACGCCUCCACUAGCCACUGCACCUGGUCGGGUGUCACAUGUCAACCCUCAAAUCGCCGGGUGACCGUCCUCGACCUCUCCGGCCUUAACCUCUGCGGUAAACUUUCCCCGGACCUGGCUCACCUCCAUUUCCUCUCCAACCUUUCCGUCGCUUACAAUUGGUUCUCCGGGGCCAUCCCCGCCGAGCUCUCUUCCCUCUCCGCCCUCCGCGUUCUUAAUCUCUCCAGCAAUGUCUUCAACGGCACCUUCCCAUCCCAGCUCUCCCUUCUCAGGAACCUUCGGGUGUUGGAUCUCUACAACAACAACAUGACCGGUGACUUGCCCUUGGCCGUCACUCAAAUGCCCAACUUACGCCAUUUGCAUCUCGGCGGUAACUUCUUCUCAGGUGGGAUCCCGUCCCAGUACGGGCAAUGGGAGUUCCUGGAAUACUUGGCUUUAUCCGGUAACGAGCUCCAAGGUCCCAUACCGCGCGAGGUCGGAAACUUGACCAACCUCAGGGAGCUCUACAUGGGAUACUACAAUAUGUACGAAGGUGGCCUACCCCCUGAGAUCGGGAACCUGUCGGAACUAGUUCGUUUCGACGCCGCCAGCUGUAGCUUAACUGGUGAGAUACCACCAGAGAUUAGCAGGCUCCAGAAGCUUGACACACUAUUUUUGCAGGUAAAUACACUCUCCGGACCUUUGACCGUCGAGCUCGGGAAAUUGGUGAGCUUGAAAUCCUUGGACUUGUCGAAUAACGUUUUUACAGGCAAGAUUCCAAUGUCGUUUGCCGAGCUAAAGAACUUGACGCUGCUGGACUUGUUUAGAAACAAACUCCAUGGCGCGAUUCCUGAGUUUAUUGGUGACAUGCCGGAGCUGGAGGUGUUGCAGUUGUGGGAGAACAACUUUACCGGGAUCAUUCCUCAGAGGCUGGGAAAGAACGGGAAGCUUCAGCUUGUCGAUCUUUCAUCGAAUAAACUGACUGGGACUCUGCCUCCGGAUAUGUGUUCUGGGAAUCGUCUUGAGACUCUGAUUUCUUUGGAGAAUUUCUUGUUCGGUCCAAUCCCGGAAUCACUCGGGAAGUGCCAGUCGCUGAGUCGGAUCCGAAUGGGCGACAACUUUCUCAACGGUUCAAUACCAAGAUGGCUUUUCGCGUUACCCAAUCUGGUCCAAGUGGAGCUGCAGAAUAACUAUCUUACAGGGCAGUUUCCGGAUACGGAUUCGAUCCCGGCGAGUCUUGGCCAGAUCAGCCUCUCCAACAACCGACUUUCUGGGCCGUUACCUCCAAGUAUUGGCAACUUCUCCGAUGUUCAGAAGCUUUCCCUUGAUGGUAAUAAGUUCUCAGGUCGAAUCCCACCCCAAAUUGGGAGGUUACAGCAGCUUUCCAAGCUGGACCUCAGCCACAACGAAUUCUCGGGCCCCAUUGCUCCCGAACUCAGCCAAUGGAAAUCGUUGACCUUCAUUGAUCUUAGCCAAAACCAGCUCCAAGGGCAACUUUCAACUCUCCCACUGAAUUCCUCUGUGUCCAUCUUCUUCUCUGCAAGGAAUGAAUUCUACGGGAAUAUUCCUACGUCACUGUGCAAUGCUACAUUUCUUGAUGCUCUAGACUUGUCCCAUAAUCACUUGACUGGCACGAUUCCCCGAUGCUUAAUUGAAAUGAGUAAAAAUCUAACCGUGAUGGAUUUAGGGGGAAACAAUCUUAGUGGCGUAAUUUCUGAUUCCUGUUCAGACUACGCAUGUGAUUUACAAAUUUUGGUUCUGAAUGGAAAUCAACUACAAGGAAAGCUACCAAAAUUCCUAGCCAAGUGCAAUACAAAUUUGGAGGUUUUGGACGUCGGGAACAACCGCAUUGAGGAUACCUUCCCAUGUUAUUUGAAGAACAUACACACAUUGCGAGUCCUUAUUUUGCGAUCUAAUCAAUUUUAUGGGUCUAUUAAUUGUCUAGAAGCUGAUACCACCUUGUCUAACCUUCAAAUUUUAGACCUGGCCUCAAACCAUUUUGUUGGUAAGUUUCCAAUACGUUACUUUUUUAGCUGGAAGGCAAUGAUCGAAACCGAAAAAUAAGACUGAAGAUCACAAAUAUAUAGAGUCAUAUCUCGAUGGACCCUAUCAAAUUACGGUAAGAGUUACAUUUAAAGGUCACAAUUUUGAGUUGGAGAAGAUCUUAACUAUCUUCACCUCACUUGACCUGUCGUGCAACACUUUUGACGGACAUAUACCUGGAGAAAUAGGAGAAUUCAAAGCCUUAUAUGCCCUCAACCUAUCUCACAAUGCUUUUACAGGUCAAAUCCCACAAGCUUUAGGAAAGUUAAGUGCUCUUGAGUCACUAGACUUGUCGAGCAACAAGCUCAUUGGAGAGAUUCCUCACCAACUUGCAGAUGGUCUUAUUUUCCUGUCAACCCUAAACCUUUCGUUCAAUCAAUUGGUAGGAAAGAUUCCACAGAUCAAGCAAUUUGCUACAUUUCCAGAAAGUUCCUUUGAAGGAAACAUACGAUUAUGUGACUUUCCUCUAAAAGAAAAAUGCAUGCAUGAAGAAUUGCGAACGUCACCUCCUCCAUCUAAAGAAUCUCAUUCGCAUUCUAGAAAUUCAAUUGAUUGGGACUUUUUAAGUGCUGAAUUGGGAUUUAUUUUCGGUUUUGGAAUUUUUAUUGGACCUCUUAUAUUUUGGAAGAGUUGGAGGAAACACUACUAUAAACAUGUCGACGAUAUUGUUUUCAAGAUGUUCCCUCGGGCAUACAUGAGAAUAGAAAAUCAUCUAAGGCGAGCACACAGGAAUCAAGGACGGCAAGCACGUAGGAAUCAAGGUGGGAGGGAUUAAUGAUAGAUACGAGGAGUAAUGCUCAAUGUUGUUAGGUAUGUCUCCAAUUAAUCUUUUGGUAUAUGGUAGUGUUUUCAAUUAAAUGUUGUCCAAAGUGAUGUAUUAUAAACUAGCAAUGUUGUUGAAAUUCGUAAGGCAUGAUCUCCUACACGGCAGGCUACACUACUUGAAUAGGAUUAGAUCAUAACAAAGUUGUUCUGGGAAGUCCUAAUUAAGAAAAACUACUAAAAUAAGAAAUAUCAGGAAGCAAUAUGGCCUCGAUCCCCCACUAUGCAGCAGAAAGCGUUAUGGGCAUGAGGUAAAAAGUAAAAUAAGAAAUUACAUUAGUUUAAGUUUCUAAUAGUAUUGGCGUUACUUUAUAUGAGAAUUUAGUCAAAUUUAGCAA